CAGCCCUCUUUUUUCUAUCCACUUCUCACACACUUCACAGACCCUUAUACUUUCAGCUGCUUGAAUCCAGGACCCAAGAGGAUAAUUGCUCUGCCUUUGGAAAUCUCACCCAUUAAAUCAAACAAAAUAAUAGAAAAGAGACAAUUAUAGAAGAGCAGGUAAUUUAAACCAACCCUUACAUUUUUUAUACUGCAUUAACUAUUCCAGCUAAUGAAGUCUAUUUGAUCUGUCAGACGAUAUAUAUUAGGAUGACCUGUAUCCAACUUUUUAAUAGCUUACAAAACAAAUGCAUGAUGUAGGACAUGAAUUAUUUUAAUGCAGCUCUGUAGCUUACUGUAUCUGUGUAUCUCCAAUUAAAGUUUAAAAGUUAUCACUCUGCUAUACAAAAUUGACAUAUGGUAUACAUAUUUCCUGUCUGAGUUUCUAAGGUGCUGAUUAUUGUGAUUAAUUUAAUAGCUAUAAUAUAUGCCUGUGAAAAAGUUGCUGAAUUAUUGUCUUGUUUCAGUGAUUGUUAAGUUGAUCAUUACAUACAUAUUAACAGACUCUCGACAGGACGCUUACAAUUUACACUGGCAUUAUGUGGGCUUUGCUAUGAUGGGAAGUGUUUUAGAAACUUUAGGAAAGUUUUACUUCCACAGAGAAGUCUUUCCAUGUCCGAUCUAUGUCUAUGGAAGCAAUGUAUGACCUUGUGUGAGAGUUCUGUAGCCAGCAGGUAACUAUCCACCUGUUGUUAAAAUAUAACUCGACGCUCUUCCGCCCAAUAUCCAGUCAAAUGAUAACUGGGAAUCAUAGGAGUUGUUCUUUCCUCUCUGCCAUUUCUUUAUCUUUACAUGAAAGGAAUAUUCCAAGCUCCAUAACCUCAGCUCACUAUAUUGACUGUGGUGCCAUGUGUGCCUUGGCACUGCCCCCAUUCAAAGGUGUCAAACCAUUUUACAAAAGUUUGACUUUUUAGCUGGGGUCUGCCUAGCACCACUUCUCGCAUUCUUACCUGGAGUUCAUUAGGUGCCCCCCUCUGUCUCAAAUAGUGACAACAGAGAGCCGGACGCUUCUAAGCAGUGGUUUCUGUUAGGGCUGCUGAGCUAUGCCCUACAGUGCAAGUGUAUCAUUAGCUAAUCAUAUUCUUAAACUGUAUGACUACUUGCAAUACAGGGAGCGCACCAGGGUGAUUUGCAGUUGUUAUGGUGCUUGAAAUGUUCUUUAAAUCAUGGUAUCUGCAUGUUGCAAAUAGCCUGGUUGGAGAAUGCCAUCACUCUCUUAAAACCAAUGCAGCCACCAUGCAUUCUGCCAUGGCUGCCAAUGUUUGGUUGUUGUCUCUGUGACAUCUGCAGAAAAAGAAAUGUUUCAAAAACUGCUGUAAAAGAUAGAUCCAGGUAAAUGAGUUGAUCUGGUCAUGCCCCUGACGGCAAGAGAAAUGAGUACAGUAGUUAGAGUCAUUUACAGUCAUCAACCUUUUGGAGGGCAGAUCUCUCAUUACCAAGUUUCCAAAAAUAACAGAUUGAAAUAAUACUUCAACUGAAAAUGUGGUGGAGUAAACCACAUUAGAAAACAAGAAGGUUCCUAAAAGUCCAAUACAGAUACAUGGCCUGGGGAGACACAUCGUUUAACUUUAGCAUGAGUUAGCAUGGAAUACAAGAAGAAUUUCAUUUUUUUCAAUGAUAACAGAAAUUCUGAGAUAGCUCAUGGAUAUUUACAAGUGGACUCUCCCCCAAAGACUGUCUGCUCUGCACUGCCCUACGUGCCACUAUCUGUGUCUGAAGUUUACUCCUACACACCUCUGCAUGGCAAUUCCUAUAACAUUUUAGCCAAUGAUGUACAAACUCUGACAAACUAAUUUUCAAAAUUUGUCGUUUAUAAUAUUAAAUACAAUAUAUUAUGUUUAGAAUACAUUUGCACAUACCAUCCUUGAAUUUCUCACAAUUUCAUAAGCUUGGUCACAUACAUUGUCUUCAUAUAAUUGUCUCUGGACUUUUUAACUUUUUGAAUGAAUCUUUUUUUCUCCAAUGUGUACAAGAAUUUUGUUUGAACAAGAGAAUUUCCAACAUUCUCAGUGCCUGGAAGGUUUUGGCCUUCAGAAUGAGAUGCGUUCACUAAAUCAACAGUUAUCACUAAAAUGUAAUUUUAAAUGGACUCUCCAGUGCAAGGAAAACAUAUCCGUUUUCCUGGCACUGCAGGAUUCUGCAGUGCCCUUCUACCUCCCACCCCCCAUCCCAUGUUGCUGAAGGGGUUAAAACCCCUUCAGUGACUUACCUGAAUCAAGCGCUGCUGUCUCUUGGCGCUGGGUCAGGCUCUGCCCACAGCCGGCGGGGGAGACCUAAUGCGCAUCCGUGGCAAUGGUCGCAUGCACGCAUUAAACCUCCCUUUAGGAAAUAAUUAUUCAAUGCUUCCCUGUGGGGAUUCCGGUGAUGCUGGAGCUCCUCAUGCAUAGCGUGAAUACAUCCAGCGUCAUUUAAAACACUUUUCGUGUUCUAAGAACACGGAAGUCCAUCUAGUGGCUGUCUGAUAGACAGCCACUAGAGGAGGGCUUAACCCUGCAGGGUAAUUGUUGCCAUUUAUAAAAACUGCAAUAAUUACACUUGCAGGGUAAAGGGUGGUGGGAGUUGGCAUCCAGACCACUCCAAUGGGCAGAAAUGGUCUGGAUGCCUGGAGUGUCCCUUUAAAGGAUAAAAGAAUUCUUGAAAAAAAUUUGAUUAAUUUCCCUUCAUCCUCAGUUUAUGUUUGGAGUUUUCGAGUUACAGAUGUAAGCUUAGUACUUUUAUAUGGACGUCCAAGCCCUUAUGCCCGGGAUGCUUGCUAUUCAUUCUAAGCCAACAGCGAGUAAAAAUGUCAACAAAUGCCUGGAUUUAUGAGGCAAGUGCAAGCAUGUGUAUAAGUGACUCUCUCUUGCCAGACUGGGUUUAAACACUGAACCCAUGGCAGCAGCAGAGGGGGCAAGAGAUUAUUGCACGAAAAUACUUACAAAGUGCAUAAUAUCUUAGUUAGAAAAUAUGCCCUCUGUAAAAUUGUACUGUACAUUAACUGCCUGGACAAGAAAACUGUUUCUGAAAUGAUUUGUCCUCUGGCUGUGGAAUAAACGUUCUCAUUUAACUGGCUGGUUUACCUUUAUGGGAGUUGUAGUUUUACAGUAGUUGGAAUGCUGUUGUCACCCAGAGUUGACCUUGUUUUCCCACCCUAUUUUCCCAGUGCAUGGGAGCACAGUUCUAUGUUCUAACCACACUCUUAUCAGAACAGGUAAAAAUAACUGCUACAUUUGUUUUACUGUUUAUUAUUAAUUUAAAAUGUGCGUUCCAGCAAGCCGUAUUUGUUUACUUAAACAAGGCAAAGCGUCCUCUGUAAUCAAGGCUUUGUGAAUUUUACAAAAUUGUGCCAUCCUGUUCCCUAUAAGAAGCCCUCACCAGCCCAAAACAAUACCUCCAACCUCUCUUUUUGGGGUGUAAAACUCAGAAUUUGAAGAAAAAAUGGUGAAAGGUGUGAGUUCAAAUAUUCAGUCUGUUGUGUUUAUUUUGUCCUAUUUGCAAAAUAAAACCUCUACAAUUCAUCAUGUUUACCGUACAAAUAACCAGAUGAAGUGGUUGCAAAUUUUCACAUGAGAAACAUUAACAGAUGGAUUCUCUCAGUAUCAAUUGCACACUUGGCUAAGCACCAUGGGAAAUGUAGUUUGCAAAUAUCUGUGAUUCCACAAUAAGUCAUCAUUACUCUAAAACACCAAAUGGGCUUCAUCAAAAAUACUGAGCAUUGUCACCACUGAACCACCAAUCAGUAUGGAAGCAAUGCAUACAAUAUUGCAUAUUCCUUUGUGAUAACCUCAACCUGUUCUAUACCUUAAAUAUUUUAGAACACCUGUAUCUUGUAGUUAUUCUAUAUUUAUAAAGUGGAGUAACACUUUCCAUAUGUAGUGCCUCCAGUCCAGGGUAAACAAUUAAAGUUGGCCCAGCACAUACAGGUGGUGUUAAGGCAGAAUUUAUUGGAAAACCAUGCAAAAUGUUGGCUCCCACAAGAAUCUGAAACUGUCUCUUGUGGGGUCCGAAACAUUGCAUGGUUUUCCUAUAAAAUCUGCUUUAACACCAUCUGUAUGUGCCUAGUCUAACUUUCUUCAUGAUUCUUGUAGUUAGUCUAACUAGAGGCAGAAGCAGACAAAGUAGUGUUCAUAGUAAAAUGAGUUCUAUAUUGUUAUGUGAUAUAUUGCUUUAGUGAGCUAAGCUAACCAAUGCUAUGUUGGUCAAUUUGGAAUACCCCAGGUGAAAUGGGAAAAAAUACAUCUAUUUUUCUUAAAUAUUAAACAUGCAGACUUGUAUAAGCGUGGUGACACAAGUUGGCACAUUUUCCAUUAUAAAGCAUGCAAAAACAGCUGAUGAAUAGAAGCCUUUGUUUCUGUUACUUAUUUCUGCAUCACUCUUUGCCCUUUAAAUUGUCAGAUUAAUUUCUACAUUAUUCCAGUCCGUCCAGACUUUAUAUAUUCAUAUUCCCUUGUUAUUUUCCUCCACUCCCUGCCCACUUCCUUCCAAACAUGAUUUAUUUAAUCUCUAUUGUGUGGCUCUUUGUUUACACAUCCUUAGUAUAAUUGACUCUCCCUUUCUAAAGAAUUUAAAUCCUAAAAAAUUUUUGUUUUGUUUUUUUCUGUAGCCCUCCCCUCCCCCCCUCUCUAUUCCGCUCCUUCCUUUUCACCUUCUCUAUCCUGCUCUUUAUUUGCCCCAUAUUUUUAUUUGGAAAUGAAGGGAGGAUUUUCUGAACGGAGCCCAAGAUUUAACACAAACUGCUGAUUAUACCAGAUUUAGCUCAGCCUCAAGAUCGCAACUGCUAUUAAACUUCUAAAGUCUGAUGGAAAGAUGAGAAAGGAAGAGGAAAAUGUUGGUGUGCAAAGGGCUUGGCACUUGGCACUUGGCUUUUAAACCUAACCCUUUCGUGGCAGAAAGCCUGAACGUUCUGAAUGUUUGAAUUACUUUUAAGAUGUAAAAGUGAAGGAAUCGGGCCUACUGGGGCAUGUAGUAAGCUCAUUAUGAACACGUAUAAAAUUAUUACUGAUUUGUUUCUUUAAGGGUGUGACAGACUCAGUUUAGUCAGUUGUACACAUAAAUUGAAAGCUUGGAAUUCAGAAGACAGCCUCUUUUAAGUAUCUAUAUGGAACGAUAUUAUAUUUACGGUGUAAAGUUUUAUUUGAUAUCUUUAUUAGAACAGACAGUCAAAACAUGAGCAUGAUUUACAGCAGUAACACAGAAAACAAGACACAACCAGCAAAAAUAAUAUAACAUGUAGAUUUAAUGACUCAAAAUAACAUGGUGUGGAACAUAUUUUAACCAUUUCAGUAAAAGGUUGUUUGCAAAAAUAGAUCCAUAGAAUCAAAGAAUCAAGGUGUUGGUAAUUGUAAAUAUUUGUUUUUAAAUUCAAUAUACAUACAUACCACAUUUAACCCCAAGGACCAAUAAUAUUCCUUUUGUCAUCCAAGUCCAAGGAUCAUAAAAGGACAAUGUAUAGACAAAAGUCAAUCAUUUAGUAUAUAUACCCCCCAAAAAACAUACUUUAAUAUUACUUUGGUGUGGUAAUGAAAAAUCUAGCUUCUGCUAAUGCCCCCUUUCCCCUUUGUGAAACUUCAAGCUAUUAUAAAAUGUUUUAACUUUAAACCUGAGGUCUCUCCUCACUUACUCUAUAACAGUGCUCCUCAACCUUUUCUAACACAAUGCACACCAAAGCCCUUCCCAGAAUGCCACAGCACAUCUCAAGCAAUCAAUAAAGUGCAUACACAGUGUCACUUUGCCCCACAGAAUAUGCCACAGUGAAUUUUCCCAUUAAAAUUAUACCAGAGUUUGCCAACAUAUGCCAAGCCACAUGCCCAUUAAAAAUACCACAUUAACUUUGUCCAUUCAUAAAUACCACAGUAAGUUUGUCCAUUAAUAAAUACCACAGUAAGAUUGCCAAUUAAUAAAUGCCAUAGUAAGUUUGCCCAUUAAUAAAUACCAUAGUAUGUUUUCCAAUUAGCAAAUAUCACAGUCAGUUUGCCCAUUAAACAUAUGCCAAGCCAGGUACCUAUUAAAAAAUACCACAGUGAGUUUACCCAUUAGUACAUAUUACAGUCAGUGUGCCCAUUUAUAAAUAUUAUAGUCAACGUGCCCCUUAAACAAAAGCUACAACGUGCUAAUAGAAGGGGUUAAGAGGAGUUAAUGUGAGUGUGACAGGGUAAAGUGGGUGAUAGUAUGGGGGGGAGGGGUGACAGUGUGUGGAAGUUGACAGUGUAUGAGAGGGGGGUAACAAUGCAUGGGGGAUAUAAGAAUAUGGAUGUGAAAGUGUGUGGAGGGUGACAGUGGGUGAUGGCAAGGCAGUGGGUGGGGGAGUGACAGUGUGACCAGGCUCCCCACAGUAUACCUUUUCAUCUGCAGUAAUCUAUACCCUGAUGAUAGAGUGGUCUCCCUCCCUGAUCGUCAGGCGGCCUAGCUAUCCAGUCUGCAACUCCACCGGGUGCAGAGUUGGAGGCUGUGUGGUUGUUGUAUCACCAGUUCUGGAACUGUCAGUUUUGCCAUGGUAACACACUACAACAAUCUGAUUGCCCAGAGCUCGCUGACAACUACUUCACAGUCUGCAGCUCUGCAUCUGGUGGAGCUACAGACCAGAGGCUGGACUGGGUUCUCGCUCUUCAGUGCAGAUUGAGUGGAAAGAUCCAAACUCAGCAGGCAAACAGGGUAGACCAUGUCCUAACCUUAAUCGCCUAAUUAGAGAGCCACCCCUGAGUUAAUGUGUACAGAGGUGGACAGAGGUGGCAAAAUGGAGUGCCUGAACCUUUUUCUUUUUGGAUUUACUUAUGUAUUGGGAUUGUGCUGGCCACGGUUUUCGGAUUUUUGCUCCCAGUUUUUGCUCAAUUGGAUGAGUUCCUUUCUAUUGUUUAUCUAGGAUGCUGUGGGCAUUAAUGGAGAUAGAAAACAAGCCGCUAUAAAUGAGAAUUAAAUAUUCUAUUUCAAUUGUUGAAAUAAAGAUAACAUGAUUCACCAUACUAUAUUGUGAAUGUUAGAACUUCAAAAGAACUGCAACAUUUACGCCAAAAUAUCUCUUGUAUUUUUUUUUCAGUUGUUAGCCUAAAAUUUGCAAUUUCCUUCGAAUUCUCUACAUAUUUAUAGUUUAGUGAAAAGCCCUGUCAGUAGAACAUCUGAGAAAUGCUAGAUAUUCCCUUCUAAUUGUGGGCAUCAAAGCCUGUCUAACAGGCUUCUACCAGUGCAUCCACAUCUUGGCUUUAUCUCUGCCUCUUGCAUGUUUACUGUAAGUGCUUCUGCUACAAGGUUAAUGCUAUUCUUAGCACUGUGGUGGCACAUGAUGCCUAGAUCAAUAGAGGAUAGAAUAAUAAAACAGAAUAAAUGAGCAGCUGACUAAGGGCUCCAUGUUGUUGGAGCAAUGUGCGAUAAAAUAGCUGUUACAAUGAAUUACCUGCUUUUCUGCUAUUUUAUUUUCAGUGCAAAGCUAAAUUAACUCUUUAAGGGCCGGGGAUUAUGUAGCCCCAGCAGGCCAUUCAUUGUUAAUGGGUUAAAACAAGUAGAAAUGGGUUAAAACAAGUAGAAAACCAAAUACGUAAUCAGCUGUAAAAAUAAAAAAAAGGCACCAAUCACAGUGAAAAAAGCUAACUAAACUUGCCCAAUACCAGAAUCAUCUAAUGUAACCUCAACAAUUAACUCUAUUGCUGGCUCAUCUUACAAACAUUCUGAUUUGUAUUUCCAAAGGGAAAGGCCCAACACCAAUAUACCUAUAGGACCAUAGAAUGCCAAACCCCCUUUGUUCACAUUUUGUUACCUCUGUUCUUCUGCUCUGCAUGUCAUUUAACUUUAUUUAUUUGUUUAAUUGUUGACUUAUCCUAGGGAUCCCAAUUACGUUUUCCUUAACACAUUGCAUUUAUGGUGAAAUUGAAUUAUGAAAAGCUGAGUUCACACCUGGUUAACUGAUGGUCCUUUGGACUCGUGUUUGCUUCAUUUGCCCCCGCAUUUUUUACACCUUGAUAUAAGACAUGUUCAGGCUCUGGAAAAUUUUGGAUAAUCAAGUUCAACUAUAACUGAAUACCAGCCCUCUGGAAGCCUUAUGAUCAGACACAUGACCACUGUUCUGCCUCCAUUUCUCACCUUUUAGUAAUUCUGUAAUGGUUUGCUGGUUUCUUGAUUUCAAUUUAAAAAGAAAGAAAGCAAAUGAUUCUGCAACUCUAUCCAAUACUGAAAUUCUGCUAAAUAUACAAGCCCUAGAAAUCAUACCAUCAAUUCGAUAGUGCAAAACAACUCGCUACUAAAAUAACUCUUCGAGAGGAAAGUCUUUUUCUGAAGUUUAUCCAGAAUAAUGAAACUAUAAGAUUCUUCUGCUCUUUGUGUCUGUCCCGGUUCACAAUAAAGGGUCCACCACGAGAAAAGUGUACAUCUUUUAUCUAACCUAUUAAGACUACAGUUUUAAAAUACUACACUAUUAUUUCUUCUCUGGUUCUCUCCACACAUACCUUGUAAAGGAUUACUGAAGCAUUGCACCUACCCCCCUGUUUUUAUCCAGUUUUCUGAUGGGAAUUGGUAUUGGUGUUCAAGCUGCUUGUGGACUAUUAUCAUUUUACUUCUGCGCUGAAUUUAAUUUUUGUGUGAUUGUGUGUAUAUACAUAUAUACACAAAGUGGUUCAGUUGAAAGAAAUAUUUUGGCCAUGCACAAGUCUAGAAUAUAUGGGGUUUAAUAUUCUUCUUACCUAACUUGCCAUUGGUCAUAACAUAUUUUCAACCUGCCCUGGGUGGACAUUAAGGAGGUUAAUGUUCCUGACAUUGAUUUGCUGUUUUUGCUAUUUCUUCAGAAGGCAAACUAAAACAACACAAACCCCACAGGAUGUAAGAAUAAGUCAUUGCUAACACUUACAGUGUAUACGGAAAAAUGUGGGUCUUUGUGUCCAUACUCUAGUGUGUUUGUUGCAUAUAAUCAUCUCUUGACUUUUAAUGCCGUGGUUCUAACACACUGAAAGUUCCUACUUCCUGACUUGGUGAUUUUUGACCUCACUCUUGUUUUCUGUGCCGCUACAGGCAUUGUCUCAUGUCAAGACAUUAUGUAGUAGUGAUGCAUAGGGAUGUGCAAAAAAUUUGAUUUGGUUUGACACAUCCGAAAUUUGGAACUUCAGCAAUUCGGCACUUCGCCAACUCGGAACUUCACCAAUUCAGGACUUUGGCAAUUCGGAACAUCUGUAGGGCCCUAAGCCUAACCCUAUUCCUAACCCUAACCUACACAACUACUUACACACCUACAGGGCUCCCAGUGCCCAGACUGCCUCUACAACCACUUACACAUCUGUAGGGCUCCCAAUGCCAGGAUUGCCACCACAACCACUAACACAUCUAUAGGGCUCCCAGUGCCACGAAUUAGCUUAUCGGUCAAGAUUUCUGUCAUCAUUCAAGUAAUUUUCUCUUGUUUUGCCACUUUUCAGAAAUCCACAGCACUUCGGCACUUCAGAAAUUCGGAAGCAUCCGAAUGUCCGAAUUGCCUGAAAUUCGUCUGAAUUUACAUUCGCAACAAAAUGAAUUGCACAUGUCUAACUGGUGCAUGAAAAUUUGAUUAACCCCAGCUCCCUGGUCCCAGAGCAACCAAUGUCAAGGCCAUGAGCCCCAAUACAAUUAUAGCCCACUAUCUCUUUACAUGAGGAUCCUGUGUUUUAGGAGUAAAUUGUUGAUGUUAUAGGUAUAUGUUUUCUCUGUUGCCUCUUCUUAAGAGAACUUUCAAACCUUCAGUCUUGAAUGUCCAAUUUCUUUUUUUCUGUUUGCAGCUUCAGUUCUGGAGUCACCUCAAGCCAGUAGUGCAGACUAACAACCAUCUGUCUAGUCUUCUUCCUUCUCUAAACACUGGGCUUCAUUCCAUAUAUAGCCUAUUUUAGCAAUCUGUGCUUUUUAACUAUUUAUAAUGAACUUUCCAGAGUGGUAAUUCCAGCUGUUGAUAGCAGACUAGCAUUAACAUAGUCCUGCAUGUUACCUAAACGCCUUACACAUUCAGGUAUUAGAAGCUACAGUCAGUUACAGUUCUUCUCUAACAGCUGGCUCAAACAACAUUGCUCUACUUUCCUCUCCAGAUAAUGUGGCACUGUUUCCAAAGUAAUUUUUCAGUAAGUAUUUCUACCAUUUGAUUAAGUGAACAAGACCAACUGUCAAACAUACAGCAGUCUGCUCCUUGCUGAGUUAGUAGAAAACUGAUUUUCUUAACAUGUGGCAAGUAUGCACCAUGGGGUAGGCUUAUUUUUAGAAGUAUAUUGUAUUUGGCAGGACGCAAUUACUAUUUUAAAAAAAAUGUGUAUUUGUUGCUGGUGAUGAGUGGUUGAAAAAAAAAAAAAUGGUUGAGCAACACUGUAUUCCUUAUAACAUAACUCCUUGCCAAGGUAAGCUCUAUUACCAGACUUUCAAGAGUGUGAAAACAAUCAACAGUUUCACCCAUGACAGCACCUUGGCUAUAAACUGGUGACCUCAACUCUAGCUGCACAGACAUCAAAGAGCACAGGAUGCAGCCACUGAUUUCUGACUCAUAAAAAAGAGAGAUUUUGUAUUGCAGGAACAUUUCCACCUAGUUCUAUUCCAGUCCUAGUCCAGAGCCUGCAAUGGCUUAGAAGCAGGUUUCCCACAAAAGUAACAUGCAUUCUCCGUUCCAGAAGAUUAUGGUCUUGUAGAGUACAUCUGCUGCUGGAAUUUAUUGGUUAAUUUCAAUUCUUUUAGCAGCUGCACAGUUAGUAUACACUACAUAAAUGAACUCUAUAACCUCUUUUGACUUUUUUUGGAAUAUUACUUGUGGGCUCCAAUGAUCACAGUCAAGGUCCAGGUAGGAAUAUCAGAGGAGCUCCCUAAUCAGUCCAUCAUGAUUAAAUUCUAUCUCUGAUACAAAGAGGCCAACACCUACUUGCUGGAUAGUUUUCCCCUGGACAGAAAGUAGAGAGUGUUGGAUUAACCUUCCUCAAGCACUUAGCAAUUCAGGGUGGCUGUAGAGUAGCAGAAGAUACCCUAUGCAUUUUGAGACCUUAUUGCCAUUCGCAAUUUUUGCAGAUGUCAGCUCCGCAUUACAAGUGAGUGUACCGUAAUCUUCAAUCCAGCAAAUGAUAUCACCUAUAAGUGAAUUAACCAACUUAGAACAAUGUCAGAAUUGUGUAUUAAUGUACUGUUGGGAAUUCAAACUGAAUUUCAAAUUUAAAUGGUUACUCCAGCCACCAUGACCACUUCAAUGGUUUGAACUUGUCAUGGUGGUACGAGUUGAAACACUGCACUUUUAGAGUUAUAUUUAAUUGCAUGCAUGGGGCUAGUUGCAUCUCCAGAGGACGUGACUAAGGCAUCACAGAGCACUGUCCCAAGCUGCCUUAUGGAAAUUCUGUACAUAUUUUAUGUCUAUCGUCAGUGCGCACUGCACACUGGCACAGAGCGCCUCCAAGAGGAAAAUUGCUUUCUCCUCUCUCCCAGCCUCUGACUGUCACAAGAGGUAUUCUUAGGCUGUAAUGUAAACACUGCCUUUUCUCUGAAAAGGCAGUGUUUAUAUUAAAAAGCAUGAAGACACAUGCUAUAGACACCAGAACAACUAUAUUAAACACAAGUUGUUCUGGUGACUAUAGUGACUCCUUUAAGGACAAUGGUUUGCAUUUUGGCAUGGAAAGUAGUUUUUUUAGCUACCACUUUGAAACUAUCACCUAAUGUGCUAUUUCAGGAAAAUGUAUUUUACAGAGCCAUAUUAUAAACUAUAUUCUACAUGUACCUCUACAAAUGGAUGUACAUAAAAAGGUAUCUUUUCCUGCAGGGUGCACUCCAUACAGAGAACAGCGCGGCAAUCAAUGGAAUUGCCCUUCCAUGAAAGUAGAGAGACUGACUGCCUUUGAGUAAAUAAGCUUGUCAUCCAGUGAGUUAGACAGUCUUCUAAUUAGUGAGACUGCCACAUAACCUCUAAGUCAGCCUGUCGGUUGUUAAGAUGACAGGUACAUUUGAGAGUUUGAAAAUUUGAAGGAAGGAAAUCACAUUUAGGCUCUGAGGAAUUUCACUGGGAGCAGAAAGUUCAGAGGAAAAGCAAUGUAAACUUCCCCCAAUUAAUGGAGCCUUGGAAGACAAAGAUACGAAAACAAUAGCAUGGAAGAGGUGGAGUGGAAAAGGAACAGAAACCAGUCAUACCAAUAGUUAAAAGGGAAAGAAUUCUCAUGGAUCAUCUGUUAUUGUGAUCAUGUUGCAUCACUAUGAUAAAUAAGCAGCGAUAAGGAGAAUUUAUCAGCAUGCUUAGUUUGCAGGGGGUAAUACACUGACAGCUUUAUCAGAAUAAAUACAAUGUUACAUUCAGAUGGAAAUUCUGCAGUAAUAAAUGUUAUAUACAGAGAAAUAUAGAAGGCGGGAUAUGCAAGAAGAAUUAAGCCACAAAUGGGAAAAAAUAAAAGAAGAUAAAAUUAAAAUAAAAAAGAUUUGAAAAUAGGUAACAUGAAAAUAUCAAAUUCUGCUCAAUUUAUUUUUUAAUCUAUACCUGUGUAUUUAUCACACUGUCAUUCUAUAUUGAAUGCUUUGUAUAAGUACAUACCUUUAUUGGACAUUUCCACAUUUUGUAGUCUUACUUCAUUAACUAAUGUGAUUUUAACUGUCUUUUUUUAUAAUUUUCUACUAAACAUUUUUCAAGUUGCAAAAUGUUUUUUAUUAUGACACAGAAGUAUAUUAAACAAAAAGCAGACAUUUUUUGGUUGCAUACAAAUUCAUACCCAUGAGUCAAUACUUACUUGAAUAAUGGUUUGCAUUUUUUGCAGCUUUAAAAACGCCAAUACCUGAUGGGUUUGAGAGACUUCAGUAUAUAAAACAGUCACUCAAUUAAAGGACCACUAUAGUGCCAGGAAAACAUAAUCGUUUUCCUUGCUCUAUAGGGUCCUUGGGUCCCCCUCACCCUCAGGGUCCCACUCCUGCCGGGCUCUGGGGGGAGGAAGGGGUUAAUCCCUUACCUUUUUUCCGGCGCUGGGGACUCUCCUCCUCCUUUUCCGUCAUCGGCUGAAUGUGCAUGCGCGGCAUGAGCCGCACGCACAUUCAGCCAGUCCACAGGAAAGCAUUCUCAAUGCUUUCCUAUGGACGCUGGCAUCUUCUUACUGUGAAAAUCACGGUGAGAAGCACGGAAGCGCCUCUAGCGGCUGUCAAUGAGACAGCCACUAGAGGCUGGAUUAACCCAUUUUUUUAAACAUAGCAGUUUCUAUGAAACCGCUAUGUUUACAGCAGAAAGGGUUAGUCCUAGAUGGACCUGGCACCCAGACCACUUCAUUAAGCUGAAGUGGUCUGGGUGCCUAUAGUGGUCCUUUAAGUGUUUUGGUGCUAUUGUGCCCCACUAUUAACCAGAGGAAGUCACCCUGUUUCUAGGUAAAAUGAGGUAGUGGAGAUACAUGGCCAGUACACGUCCAUCACCCGAAGUCUUGUGGAGAGUAAAAUCUUCUUUCUAGCAGUCUAGCUGAUUUGAGUUAUCUGGGAAUUUUUUUGUUUUUGUUUUUCUAACUGUAUGUAGCGCUGUAUGUAGAUUCUUACUUUAUCUAUCUGAUUCAUAUGCUGCUCUCUAUAAAUCAGGGGUGCCCAAAAGGUAGAUCCCAAGAUGUUGUUGAACUACAACUUCCAUGAUGCUUUGCAUGCCUUUAGAAUACUUUAGAAUGACAAACCAUCAUGGGCAUGCAUCUUUUGGGAACUCCUGCCAUAAAUUAAUCGAUUGAUCUUUUAUAUACUCUUCCCAGAGGAUCCUAUUUGUUUAAUAACAUGGCUCCCCACAGACAUCCUGUCACUGUGUGGCAUCAUCUCUUAUUUACAAAAAAAAGUGUCUGACUUGACUGUUUUUGAUUAAUUGAUAACCUAGCAGAAGAAGUGCUGGCCGGGUUUUUCAGAGGUCAAGGUUCUGUGCAUUACUAGUAUAUUUGGAAUUUUCUGAGAUAAGUCUGUGUUUACUUAAAAUGAUAAGAGAAGAAGCAUAAAAUUGGGAAUUUAUUUAACAAUUCUGAAAAGCUUCUAAACUAUGAGUUGUGCACUGGAUGUCAGGAGAUUAAAAUGCAGAAUUAUUGGCAGUUUAAAUUGUUUGUCCAACCACACAAAUUAUUAAUCCAUGCAGAAAAAUUAGUUUACAUGUUAAGGCUUACAUUUAAUGAAUGCAAAAUUUUUAAAUACCAAAAUAUUUUCCUGAUACACUAUACACUAUCAGAUAAUUAUAAGAAUAAAGAAUAAAUCAGAUAAAAGCAAACUAGCAAAAACAAUAAAAAAAUAAAUAAAAAAAAAUAAAAAAAUAAAAGCAAAUAUUUUUUGAGGCGUGUAAGGGAAUUAUUCUGCUUCUGUCUUGAUUAUAUCUAGUCCAAGAAUUAAAAUACAAUAUAUAUAUAUAUAUAUAUAUAUAUAUAUAUAUAUAUAUAUAUAUAUAUAUAUAUAUAUAUAUAUAUAUAUAUAUAUAUGUAUGUAUUUUAGUUUAGCAAUGUAUUAACUAUCCACUUACUUCAGGUGGAAGGGGUUUUCAUCCACACUUUCUUCCCCACCACAACUCUUUUUAUAUAUAGAUAUCAAAGUAAGUGGAUAGUUAAUACAUUGCUAAACUAAAAUACAAACACCAGUCAACCCAAAAGACUUGCUUUUCAUCAGCAUGAGGUUGGUUACUGGUUUGCCAUGGAAGUUUGGCGUUACUUGAAAAGUACUUACCAACAGAAUUGUGGUAGGGAAAAAAGUUUGGAUGAAAAUCCAUUCCACCUGAUGUAAGUGGAUAGUUAAUACAUUGCUAAACACAAAUACAUACACCAGUCAAGCCAUAAGACUUGCUUUCCCCACCGAAAUCUCUCUUUAAAAGUGCUCUUACUACUGCAAGGUACUCUGGGUAGGCGAAUGCAAAUGAGCUCAACAAAGAACCACAUUUUUGCCUGCUGUAUACAACAGCUUUGAAACACAAAUCAGUAAACCCAGUGAACAUAUAAAAUGGACAAAUAUUUAAUACAAUAAACUAUGAAAUAUGAUUCUGUUAUAGCCUAUGAGAUAUGGUUGUAGAACAGAAACAAGAAAAUAUAAGGCAAAUUCUACUACAGUGAUGUACCCAAAUUUUUAACAAGCUUUACAUAAGUUCAUUUCAAUCUGGUAAAAAAUAAACUCCCAUAAUUUUCCAUGUGUUCCUACCUCAUCCAGUAGUGUUCUGGAGGUUUAAUUCAGCAGAUGGCAGAUUUGGUCAGAGCUGGGAUCAUUACUUGUGCAAAAUAUAUAUACAAAAUUAUUCCAGAUGCAUCACCAGUCAUAGUUUACCAACACCUUUCAAGUAGCCAUUGGACCAGAGCAGACCUUGUAAGCAUCUUAGCAUCAUCACAAACUCCUUCAGCAUUCCUCAUCCUGAAUAUGUUCUCUCUCUGGGCUAGAGGUUCAUACUUCCAGAGAGCAAUUACAUGAGCAGCUGUCUUUCUUUCUAUAGUACUCUCUAUGAUACUACAUAUAGAUCUCACCACUAAUGGAAUUAGGCAGGACAGAAAGAGACAUAAGAAUAUAAUGAAUAUUACUCCUCCUACUAACGCCUUAAUCCCUCUAAGCUGCUCAUACCAAUUUCCAAACCAACUACUAGGAUUAUACCCAUUCCAGACUAGAGUCGGUACAUGCGUCAGUUUAACCAUGUGGCUUGUAAGUUCAGCCACUGCCCGCCCUUCAUCAUCUAUGUGCAAACAAAUGUUGCUAAGAUUAAACUUUCCGCAUACACCUCCCUCUACUGCUAAUAAGUAGUCCAGAGCUAAUCUAUUUCGAUAGAUGGCUGAUCUCAUCAGAGUAUUUUGCUUAGCUAGAAGAUUAAGUGCUUGCGCUGUUUCAUUGGUGAUAAUCUCAACCACCGCCUGUAGUCUUAUAAUACGGUUGAGCAUAUAUAUUGGGGUUCUAUAUCCAUAAGUACCAUCUUCUGCCCAAGUAGCAGGUCCAUAGUAAUUUAUGAUACAUUGGGGCCACUCAUCUUCCCAACUACCUAUAUUCAAGGAUUCUCGCUUCUUUUUAUGAUUCACAUCAUAAACCUUAACUCCCAAGGUCUCUCCUGUCUCAAUUGGCAACAAGAAGAAGGAUGGUUUGAGCAUACCUAGUACACAUGCUCCCUCCCAAUCUUGUGGUAACUCUGAAUAUGUUUUCUUACCACAGAUCCAGUACAAAUUCGCUGGGGUUUUCCAACUGGAUGUAGCAGAUAAGUCAAACCAUACCUCUUUUAAAUUGGUGUCAUUGGCAAAAGGAUUAGUAGGCUGUGAGACAUUUGAAGCUGACCACCAAGUAGUAUGACCACCAAGUAGUAUCUUUUGUAUCAGCAUUAUAGGCCUUCUGUCCUAAGCAGGUUAACUCUCCAACAGAUGUAUUAUACAGUGGCCCUCUUCUAGUUAAACAUACAUGGCCUAUGAUAGAUGUUUUUAAACGCCAUUCUGAUUUACAUCUAGUACUUACUUGAUGAUCAGACUGAGAAAGUAUCUGUUGUUCAUCUGUCUCAGAACCAAGGUACCAAACCUCUCUUGUCUCCCAUGGCCAUUGGUCUCCCAUAUUAGUACCUCCACAUACAAAGCAGUUAGUUAUAUUACUACCUGCAAUACUCUCCGCCAAAUCAAUACAUAAGUUCUUAACAUUAUGGUGAAUUUUAUCCUCAACACUCAUUUCCUCAUAGAAUGAAUGAAAAAACUGAUGAGUUUGAGAAGCUGUCGUCUCAGUUUCAAGUCCUACAUAUAUUAUGGUCCCUGGAUCUACUCCUGUACCAUGUAUUUUGAAACCCAAAGAGAUUCCCAAACUUGUCAAUGAAGUGCUGUGGAUUGGAAAUUGUCAAAUGCACAGGGUUACACUCCAUAGUUUUACAAUAAGGGUGCAGUGGGCAACCUUUGGAUAGUCAUAUCUUGAUUUACUGUCUUUCCCCAGGUCGCCCAACCUACACAUGACCAAUAGGGGCAGAAGUUAAAGUCUCUAUUUGGGCAGUCAGGAUCAGUAGAUCUUUUACUGGGACAUAAAUAUUUAUCAUUAAACCCAUAAAUUCAUUCCCAUUUAAGAUUACCACAUACAUUCCAAGGUUUUCCACUACCCGAGAUCGCCUUACAUGCAUCAAAUAGUAGAAUGCCCAUAGAAUGUAUGGUGCUUAUCAAAGUCUUAUUUAUUAAGGUCCCCUGGGAGUUACUGUUCCGAAUUACCAACCAAAUUGUACGGGGUUGGAAUUGGGGAUUGAAACACUUAGGCUCACCUGAUAUUGGUUUGCACAAACUGUAAUCUAUACCUAAAUAUCUACACUUAGUUACAGAUCCCCUACACUCAUACUGUGAGUGCCAAAUGAGAGUUUGGGAUAUUUGGUUACCUGUUUUCGUAGUCUUAAUACAACUAACACAGCUUGGAAUAUCCUUACCUUUACCCUCCUGAAAAAUCAUAAAAAUACUAAAGCACAUAAUUAAACACAUUAUUCUUGUGAUCCUCAUCUUAAUUCUUCGACCAUGCGAUGGCACCUCAGCUUCCCGCUUGUGAGGGCUGCAAGGAUUGUAGUACUUCUGAUCCUCACUUACCUUCACAGAGGUCCCUUCGAGAUACUCUGACUAUGAAACGUAGGCAGGUGGUCAGGCUUUAUUAUGGCCGUCAAAACACCUACUUGUUGAUCUCUGCAACUUUCAACCACGAUUCUUCAAAAAUCACAUCAUACUUCUCAAGUCACGCUCAAUUUUACUGGGUCAUGCGCUUCAACCGGAUCUUGCAAGGAUUCUCACGAUCUGGAGUAGCUUGCCAAGAAUCUGCCGCUGGUUUAACCCUAGAGUGAUGAAUCCACAGAGUCACUUCUGCCACCUUUACAGCUGUAGGGGUAGAUAAAAGAACAACAAACGAAGGCUAACAGGAUACACCCCAAGCUUUAUUUAUUUUUUGUUUAAUUUCUUUUUAUUAGAUUUUUUAAUGAAAAUAUUGACAGACAUAACAAGAUCUGGGGAAAGGAACCUUACAGAAAAAGUAAGGACUCCUAUCCCCAAUAGACAUACAGAGGUAUAUUAAUCUAUUUCAAAUUACAUCAGAAAUAAGCCGUCUAGUACACGAUAAUAUACUAACAUUAAAAUCCCAUAAAGGGGAUAUCAUGGUCCAAAAGCGGUCUUAAAAAUCUUAUAAAUAAAACAAACAGAAACAAAGACAAAACUGGUCAGAUAUAUUGCAGAUCUAAUAUUACAUUAGCUAAUAUCAAAUAUGUGGACAAGGAGCCCGAUAAUAGUGCCUGCUAUAAAAUCAUCAAAUUCGCCAUAAGAUGAUCAUAGAGAGUAACCCCACCUCCUCAAGCUCAUUAAAGCCCUUUAAUUUUUUCAACAAGACUGGAAUAAAACGUCAGAAUACCAGAAUUGGGAUAUUCCCUCAUGUCGACCAACCCCUUUUCCAUCUCAACCUGGAAUAAGAGUUGGGCUUUAACUUGAUCUCUAGUAGGAAUAUCAGUACUUUUCCAAAGUCUAGCAAUUAAUAUUUUGGUAGCCAUUAAACAAUGUAUAAUCACAAUAUCAAGAUUAUCCUUUAUUUCUAAGCCCAUAAAAUGGAGUAGGGCAACUUCCGGUUUGUGUUCCAAAUGUAUACCUCCAAUUCUAUUUAUAAAUUCAAAUGUAAUAGUCCAGAGAGACUUAAUUCUUAAUUCUGGUGGCAGGUCCACCAUAUAUGAAACAUAGAACCAUCUGGGUGUAGACACCACCAACAAUUAGAUGGAUUAGUAAUAGAUAUUUUAGCAAGUCUAGUCGGUACCAAGUACCAUCUAUACAAUAUUUUGGUAAAAGUCUCUAGAAUAUUCAGGCAGUGAAUUUUUUUUUAAUCCACAUAAUGGCUUUACACUAACUAUUAAAUGGAAUGGAGAUUGCUAGGUCAGUUUCCUAUUUGGUUAAAGCUUUGGGGAUAAGUGGAGUCCUCUUCAUUUUUAUUAGUUCAACUGCAAUAGAGAAUAUCUUUUUUACCUUGCACCCUGAAAAAAUGUUCCUAAACAAUUUUCCAAAACGGCCAUCUAAUACCAAUAUGUUAAUAGCUCUUAAUACGAAGAAAAUUAAAUAAUUCUCUAGAGGGUAAAUAUAACCAAUUUUUCAGAUCUUCAAAGCUUUUCAAUUGGUAAUCAUUAUAAAGAUCUUUUAUCUUAUAAUUAGGAUCUUUAAACCAGUUUGUCAGGUUUAUCUCUAGCAUAAACCGUUCUAGCGAUCUUAGACUGAGGUUCUCAUAUAGUUUUCUAUUAAUAUUCAACUUCUUCUUUAUAUUAGUCCAUUCUUUUAAUGUCUGUGAAAGAGACAAAGAAAAAUUAGAACUAAUUUCGCAGAAAUGCUUAUUCUGACUUGCCUCUCUCCAUAAGAGGAAUUCAAGAUUAUUUACACCAACUCUGGCUGCCUCAAUUUUAUACCAAGCUUGAUCUAUAGAAUCACUUAGUUGUAAAUGACUGGCAUGAACAAGCAUAUUAGCCUGGUAGAUUUGAUUAACUAGGGGGUAACCCAACCCCCCUGGUGGGCCUUCCUUGAUAGAGUAUAUGCACUAAUUCUUGGUCUCUUCCCCCUCUAAACAUAAGCCGUAAUGCUAUUUUGCAGCAUAUUCAACCAAUAGCUAGAAAUCGAGAGAGGGAGCAUACUGAAUAGGUAUGCCCAUUUAGGAAUUAUAUAGGCUUUGAUAGUAUUUAUCCUUCCCCACCAGGAGAUUUCAUGCACUCUCCAUUCUUUUAAUAACAUAUUAGUCUCUUUUAGCAAUUUCAAAAUAAUUAAUUUCCAUAGUCCAUCUUAUAUCUGCAGUUAUAAUUACCCUCAAAUAUAUAAACUCUUUUUUUGUCCAUUUAAAGUCAAAAUCUUUCUUUAGGGAAAUUAAAUUAUCUUUAUGUAUAAUUAUCGACAUAGCUAUUGUUUUAUUCGUGUUCAGAUUAUAAUUUGAAACACUACUAUAGUUGUUAAAUUCUUUCAUUAAAUGAGGAAGAGAGACCAGUGGAUCCGUAAUAGAAAUUAAGAUAUCGUCAACAUAUAAACAUAUCUUCCAUUCAUCAUGUUGAGUUCCUAAUCCUUUAAUACCAGCAUUUUGUCUAAUAUUAUUUGCUAGUGGAUCAAUUGACAAGACAUAUAAUAAAGGUGAGAGAGGACACCCCUGUCUCGUCCCAUUAUUAAUAUAGAACAAGUCUGAGCAUAAAUCACGGGCUACUAUAUGGGCAGAGGGAUUCGAAUAUAUAGCUCCCACCUCAUUCAAAAACCACCCUUCAAAACCGAACUGUAACAAGGUUCUCUUUAGAUACCCCCAUCCGACCCUAUCGAAAGCUUUUUCUGCGUCCACCGAUACCCCAAGCUUUAACUCAAUAUGUAUCGGUGGGAUAUUAUGAGCAAGUCCUGGAGGAUUAUUCUCUGCCCAUACUCCUGGAAUGUCAAAUAAAGAUCCAUCACUCUUAGGGUUUGCAUUUGUUAUUACAGAGUAGAAGCUCCAUUCUUCUUCUUUUGGUACCAAUACUGCUAUCAUGCCUGGUGAUUUAUUAAACUUCAGAGACGUUGAUCCGUUAGGUAGAAAAGUUAUCUGAGCUUGAAGCUUUGAUAAUAGAUCUCGUCCUAGAAGUUGAAUUGGAAGUUGAAUAACCCCAUAAAAAGUAUAUCCUCUGAACCGGGGGAUCUGGGUGAACCACAUAUCCAAAAUUCACCCAGAUCCAUUCAGUAGUUUAGAAUAUGCAGUUUAAUGCAGAUUCCGCAGAACAUAUACAGGCUAUAUGCAAAAUAAUUACUGUAUAAUGUGUCCCCUGUUGUAUAGUUUAAAACUACUGAACGAUGUCUUCGUGCACCAAAUACUGGUGAGAUGGCACCAUGUAGAAAAGUCCAAACAGUGUCUGUGAGUUAAAAUGGCCGCCAUCCAUUGUUCUCACCAUGUGCUUCAUCCAUUGUUCUCACCACGUGCCUCUGAUACAUGAAAUGGUGGCCACCCAGUAACUCCACAGUAUGUCCCCAGAUGGUUCUUAAAGGGCCAGCAGCAGCAUAAUAAAAUACAAUAUGCCCAAAUACUGUAUUUAAAGGGCCAAAUCUCCCAGGGGCCAUAGUCAUCAGACAGGAGGCGGGCAAACAGGCUUCUCCAAGUGGUGAAGUUUUUUUAUGGGGUUAUUGCAUGUUUUGGGGUCCCUGUGAUGUGUUUUAUGAUACUGUAUUUCUCUGCAUGUGAUAAUUAGAUUAACAAUUGUGUUCAGUAAUCAUAUCACAGGCAGAGGGGAGGAUUUUGUGUGGGAGUGUCUGUGUGUAUUGUACGGAUUGAUUGGUUGUUCUGUAAAACCCUGUGGGCAGUACUAAGUUUGUGGAUUGGGAAUAAAAGAGAAACAUAGAAACAUAGAAUGUGAUGGCAGAUAGGAACCAUUCGGCCCAUCUAGUCUGCCCAAUUUUCUAAAUACUUUCAUUAGUCCCUAGUCUUAUCUUAUAGUUAGGAUAGCCUUAUGCCUAUCCCACGCAUGCUUAAACUCCUUUACUGUGUUAACCUGUACCACUUCAGCUGGAAGGCUAUUCCAUGCAUCCACUACACUCUCAGUAAAGUAAUACUUCCUGAUAUUAUUUUUAAACCUUUUUCCCUCUAAUUUAAGACUAUGUCCUCUUGUUGUGGUAAUUUUCUUAUUUUAAAUAUAGUCUCCUCCUUUACUGUGUUGAUUCCCUUUAUAUAUUUAAAUGUUUCUAUCAUAUCCCUCCUUUCUCAUCUUUCCUCCAAGCUAUACAUGUUAAGAUCCUUUAACCUUUCCUGGUAAGUUAUAUCCAGCAAUCCAUGAACCAGUUUAGUAGCCCUUCUCUGAACCCUCUCUAAGGUAUCAAUACCCUACUGAAGAUAUGGUCUCCAGUACUGUGUACAAUACUCCAAGUGAGGUCUCACCAGUGUUCUGUACAAUGGCAUGAGCACUUCCCUCUUUCUACUGCUAAUACCUCUCCCUAUACAACCAAGCAUUCUGCUAGCAUUUCCUGCUGCUCUAUUACAUUGUCUGCCUAUCUUUAAAUCAUCAGAAAUAAUCACCCUUAAGUCCCUGAGGUUAGGACUCUAUCAAAUAUUCUGUACUCUGCCCUUGGGUUUUUACGUCCAAGAUGCAUUAUCUUGUACUUAUCCACAUUAAAUGUCAGUUGCCACAAUUCUGACCAUUUUUCUAGUUUACCUAAAUCAUUUGCCAUUUGGCUUAUCCCUCCUGGAACAUCAACCCUGUUACAUAUCUUAGUAUCAUCAGCAAAAAGACAUACCUUACCAUCAAGACCUUCUGCAAUAUCACUAAUAAAAAUAUUAAAGAGAAUGGGUCCAAGUACAGAUCCCUGAGGUACCCCACUGGUGACAAGUCCAAGCUUCGAAUAUAUUCCAUUAACUACAACCCUCUGUUGCCUGUCACUCAGCCACUGCCUUACCCAUUCAACAAUAUGUAUGUGCCAGCACAGGCAGUUCUGCUUGACCUCAAAACGAAGUGUUGCCUCGUUAUUGGGGGAAUUGGAUUGUAUGCUGAUUGCCAGGAGUGUAAGCUGAUUGUAUGCUUUUCCUGUUCAGCGGCUUACAGCAUUCAUAUGCUUGAGCUCAUUCGUAUGCUUCUCCGGUUCGGUGGUUGUGGUGUCUGCGGCAGUGCUUGGAGUCCUCAGGAAGUACUAGGAGCUUCCUUCAACGGAGGUACCCAGUCAGGAUGCCAGGUGAUCUGUUAAAAUAUUGAUUGCCUUUUUCCCUCCUGACUUCAUGCCAGCAAUAAUGGCUUCCCUAUAAGCUCUUAAAUGGGGCAUAUCAGCGCCAUUAAUAUUCCAGUUCGGAUCCACAUUCGGGUAAUGGGCUGCAGCCCAUGCAGCCAGAUUGGCCUGGUUCUGAACACGGGCCGCUUCCUCAAGCGCUUUAAUAGCCGCUUGAUUAAUCCGUAUCCUUUCCUCAUUGUCAAAUAAAGUCAAUAGUAAUUGCUGGCAAUCAGCCCAAGUAGGAUUGUGGGUUUGUAUGAUUGAAGCAACCAAAUCUGUCAUGGCUUGAGGCUUAUCGGUAUAUGAAGAGUUAUGUGUCUUCCAAUUAAAUAAGUCAGUCGUAGUGAAGGGAACAUAGACAAAUACAGAGUCUGCAUGUUGCAAUUGACCAUUAUCGCCAACGUGUGUUGGGCCCGGUGUAAGUCGGAGAGGCAUUUGGUAAUGUCGGGGUUGGAGGGUACCAGUCAUCUGUCGGGUUAAUAUGGGGCUUCGGCAAGGCUGCUCAGUAAUAGGUUCCAGUCUGAGAGUAGUAAGAUAGGUGGAAGGGGGUGAGCUAAGUUUACUAGUCAGCAUUUGUGAUGAAAAAAAUAAAAAAAGUGUUAAACCAAAAACCUACCAGUAGUUAUCACCAGAGAGUAAGUAAUUGUAUCAAAAUACUCUUUAUGGGUCUAAUAAUAAAACUUAACUUUUAAUAUAUUUAUACAUAAAAUAAAACCUUAUAGCAAUAAAUAUAUUAAAAUAGGGUAAGCAAUCCUACUCCUGUCUGUUAUAUACCACUAUAGAGUUAAAGAUGAUUAAGCAAUGUAAUAUCAAUGUAACUCCCGAAGAUGGCCAGUAGGUGGCCCUAGAGUGCUUCCUAAAGUCUAAUGAAGCAGAUAGACUUUAAUUAUGUGCUUAUUUUAUUAUUACUUAUUUUAAUCACUGUUCACCCUGAUAUCUAGGCUUGAGUAAAGCUUUAGUUCUAUGGUAAAUUAAACAUCUCAGUUUGUAUUUUAGUAAAGGGGAUAUUUUGAACAAAGCUGGGAGGGGCCCAUCCAGUAACUAAAAAAGGAUAAAAGUGUACUCUAGAAUCUUAUACCAUUGAUCAUUUCUUCCAGUUGUAUUUUAGACUGUCACUGAAUGCACACAGUGUUCAGUAGUUUUAGUGCUAUUUCAAUGAUUAUGGUACAAUGUCAUUGCUGAGAAUUAUCUGAUCCAAUAGACUCAGUUACUGUUAUUAAGAAUUCUCCUCACAAUUUAACUGUUAAUAAAAUUCAAUGCUAAAAUACACUCCUACCAAAAAGGAAGUCAGUUCAAAUUACAAAUAACCAGUGGGGGGUUGGUACAGAAAUACAAGAGUUUGAAACAAAAGAACAGAUAGGUAUGUGGGUAGGCAGGGACAAUAGAGCAGGGGGAGUGCAAAUACCAGCUAUAUCAGUUUUAGCUUGGGAGGAAGAGUGGGGGAAUGGCUACUCUAGCUCUGGAGGAUGAAUAAGGGGGUUGGCAAUCAGAUGCAAGGGGGAGAUGUGUCCAAACUAGGUGGAAUUAAGGCCUUAGUGGACAAACAGGUUCUGGCUACCAUGGACUCCAUUGUUCCUCUUAGCACAGCUUGUUCCAUUUAGCAGUGUUUCAACAAUCUGUAUACAGAAACUACUCGUAUAGCCCCAGCAUAUUAUUUAUAACAAUGUAAACCUGCUGUAUUAAAUCUGGAUCAAGGAUCCCCAGGAACACUGGUUACCAGAACAGGCCGUCCUCUGCUACACAGAGUAUUUUAAUCUUUUGGGGGACAGUGUUACACCAUAAUCACAAACAGCAUAUCCCUUAGAAAAGUUUUUUGUUUUUUUGAAAACAUACAAGACAAAGGACCGUUUGUGAAUCAGAAGCACCCAUGAUUUCAACAGAGUGUCUGAUUCAAAGAUGUACAAAUAUACAAACAGUUUCAACAGUUACACCAGUUACCUUAGCAACAGCACCACGCGGCAUGGUUACUAGGCCCAAACAUACACGUACAUACACGCACAGGAUCCUCACAUGCUCAACAAUAUCACGACUUCACACACAUGAAAUUAAAUCAAAAACCCAACAAAGACUUAUCAAUGUAACUAUUAUUCAAACCAUACAAUUAUCCACACUAUUAAUCAACAUAAACUAACCAAUCACAUAACAUUUCAACAAUUUCGUCUCUACAGUCAGUGGUUAUGGUACGGUUAGUAACUAUUGUACAGUUUAGACAAUUAUGGUUUUAAAGUUACAAUAUCAGUUAGUACACAUGCAAGGUUAAACAGUAAUUUUAGUAUUUUUCACGUAAUAUCAGUAGUUAUGGUACAAGUCAGUGGUUAUGGUACAAGUCAGUGGUUAUGGUACAUGUCAGUGAUUAACAUACCUGUCAGUGGUUAUGGUACUGUGUGCUAUUUUACACUAUACACACAAUUUACACUCCCACUGGACGGCAGAGCUCAAGCCUUCUAGCAGGACAUAUAAUUUAACCAAUUCACCAGUUCACCAACUACAGUAUAUCUAAUAAUAUUUACAAUAAUCCCAACUAUUCUAAUUGGCCAGCACCUUGAGAACUAUCGAACUAUUUACACCAGGAUUUGGUUAGUCUACGCUGCCCAAGCACCACAUAUAGCGAACUAGUGAGCGGAAUUUACAACAGUACUCAUUUAGUCUAUUUACUCUAUCAAUAGUCUAGUGGUUGAAUUUACAUGCCUCCCACUUAGCCAAGAUAGGUUGAGAUCUAGCAGACGGAAUGUACACCAGAAUCUGCUUAGUCUUCCAGUCCCCCCGACCUAGCGACCAAAAUUUACAUCUAGACACGCUAGUCAAGACAGGACACCGGUGUCUGACAUGAACUAUUUACACCAAGAUUCAGUCUGACCCAAACCACCUGUAUUAGACGGGCUGACUACAGAGCUAAUGUCAACAUAAGCGGUGCACCUUCGCUUCUUCCUUCCCGGGGGAAGGGGCAGAUUCCAUACAACCAAACCAAUUCCAAAUACAAACCCCUUGUGGGCCUACCGCUCAAACGGUAUUAAUCUUACCUCUUUGUUGCUGGGGUGCUGCCGUGGAGAACGUUGGUAAAAGUUUACCGUCUCAAAUUUCUGCGCUAGCUUCCGUGCGCUGGGGUUCCCAGACCCAAUGCACCAAAAAUGUUACCGGAGGAAUAACAGGAACAAACCGCACAUAGCCACACAUAGAGAUAUGGACACAAGUCUUCAGGAAGUAAGUGGCCUUUAUUCACGUACCGAUCGGGUCUCACACUGAACUUGUGUUCAAAAGGUAUGAGCCCAGAGCAUAGUUUGAACAGGCUAUUUAAUAACAAUAACUCCUCCCAUUCAUAGCUCCACUCACACAUACCCUUAGACCAAUCAGUGAACAGGAUAUUCAGGAUCACCUAAUAUGGGCAGACCAUACGACUCAUUUUAAGGACAAAGGAAUGUGACUACAGUUGAUGCACAUGCUCAGUACAUUGAGGACAGUAUCUUAGCUACAUGUAACUAACUAACAGAUGCAACAAACACCUGUACUUGUAAAUGCCACAUGGAGAUUUCAGGUCUACUAAAUUUUGAACCAUGUUUAAAUCCCAUCAAAAUAUAGCGCCAUCAGAUAAAACCUGUAACUCAUCUCAGAGAGGGUGUAUGAACAUUAUUGCCCCUACACUACACCCAAAUUCCAUUAAUUGUAGUUGUCUUCGCAAUAUUAAAUGUUGACUGUUGUAUUAUACAUAGCUUUUUCAAACUAUGAGAGGUUUCAAUAGGCCUUGUAGGAUAUCCUCUGGCUCUUGUCUAUCCUCAUUUAAACAUUAACCUUCCUUUGACACUCAGCUUUCCAGACAGUGGCAAACAUAAUUCAUACUCCAAAAACAGACUGCAUUCAGACUGCAAUAUCCAGACAUUGUUAAUGCUAUUUAACAAUAAUUGAAUGUUUCUUACAAGGCUCAGAUUGAGUAUGAGUUAAAUCCAGAUUUAGGUCCAAGUCUAGGAGAUUAUUGACAGAGCAGAAGAUAAGACAGACUAUGCAAUAAAGUAAGCUUAAAGGAACACUAUUGUCACCUAAAUUACUUUAGCUAAAUAAAGCAUAUCUAGUGUAUAGAUCAUUCCCCUGCAAUUUCACUGCUCAAUUCACUGUCAUUUAGGAGUUAAAUCACUUUGUUUCUGUUUAUGCAGCCCUAGCCACACCUCCACUGGCUAUGAUUGACAGAGCCUGCAUGAAAAAAAAACUGGUUUCACUUUCAAACAGAUGUAAUUUACCUUAAAUAAUUGUAUCUCAAUCUCUAAAUUGAACUUUAAUCACAUACAGGAGGCUCUUGCAGGGUCUAGGAAGCUAUUAACAUAGCAGGGGAUAAGAAAAUCUUAGUAAAACAGAACUUGCAAUAAAGAAAGCCUAAAUAGGGCUCUCUUUACAGGAAGUGUUUAUGGAAGGCUGUGCAAGUCACAUGCAGGGAGGUGUGACUAGGGUUCAUAAACAAAGGGAUUUAACUCCUAAAUGGCAGAGGAUUGAGCAGUGAGGCUGCAGGGGCAUGUUCUAUACACCAAAACUGCUUAAUUAAGCUAAAGUUCUUCAAGUGACUAUAGUGUCCCUUUAAACAUUAGAUCUCACUUUAUAGGAAAUGUUUAAUAAGGCUGUAAGUCACAUGCAUGUGUGACAAGGGCAGCAUAAACAAACUAUUUAAACUCAUAAAUAGCAGAGAAAUGAGUAGUGAGACUGCAUUACACUAAAACUGCUUCAAUAAGCUAAAGUUGUUUUGGUGCCUAUAGUGUCACUUUAACUUCAAAAGGGGAUAACCUUAGAUAAAAAAUAGCACUAGUAUUGUAGAUUUGGAUGUGGUUCAGCUUUGAGAAGCCUUCAGUUAUUACUGUAAUAAAACCAGCUGAAUUACAGGGAGAAAAAAACAUUAUUCAGUUACUUGUUGCCACAACUCCAGUGCCACAGGGGAAUUGAAUAUGUAAAACAACGUGGACACUUACAUGCAACGAAAGGCAACGAAAGGCAACGAAAGGCAACAAUGGCAAAAACACAAAAAAGAAAAUAUAAACCAAAACAAAACAGGUGAUGGUGUACACAAUGGUUGAAAGUUACUUCCGGGCAAUUGCAAGCAAGUAGGCCUUACAGUAUGUUAUCAAUUAUAUUAUAGAGCCUGUAUAACACACAAAUCUAAAAACAUCAUGGUGUAGUAUGUUAACUCAUUUAGAUAACAACAUUGUUGUUGUUGUUUUUUUUUAAAUUUCUCAAUUUUUUGACCCUAUAAAUUGUCUCUAAACUGUAGCAGGACUUCACCAAACUGUGAAAUGCUGCUACUCUGGACGCGUUUCACGCCUGUCCUGAUGCUUUAUUAAAGAGUUACUGUAAGUUUGUCAUAUUUUUGCUUUUCCCCUAGCAGGUGCAAGUAGUUCAUUUUUUUUUGUAUUAUUGUAUUGUUGCCAUUGUUGCAUUUUUCAAACCUUGGACUCUCCAGAAAGUGAAAAAGAGAAAAUGCAUUUUAAGAUUUUGAAAUGCCUGUCACUGAUGAGGUCGGCACAUUUUUAUGGCAUGUUGUUAUCCAUUUUUUCUGUAAUGAAGAAUGCACUUUCUCUGAUCUUCAUUUUAGAUUUUUCUGAGAUCCUUAUGAGUGCAGACUGCUUGGCUGUUUUUUUCAUGAUUUCUCUAAUUAAAUUUCUCAUGAUUUCAUAGCUCUGUAUCUCCAUACACUUGAUUAUGGCAAGGACUCAGAAUAUGUGACUCUUAUGGCAAAGAUCUCUAUUUCAUUGCUUCCUCUUUGGCAUAUGCAGUAGGUAAUUUAGAUGAUGGUAUAAAAGUGAGAUCCCUCCCAUGAAAUUCAGUCAAUAACACAGCAGGGUCAAGGGAUGGGGCAAGAAAAAGAGAUGGAAACAUGGAUUUAUAUUAAUUAACAGUUUCAUGGGUUUGCUGAGUAUGUAAACUGUGGUGAGAAAGACUAGUGAAAAUAAUGUUAUGUCAAGAUCUACAAAAUUUAAACGUUAUGUGUUACUUAGUUUCUAACCAUGAAUAUUUUGUGCUAUUUACAGGUUUAUGUUGGAGAAAAAUCAGUUCAUGAACAACAAGAGGUACACAAAAAGAAAAGAAAAAAUAACGACAAUUAAAGGACUUUUUCUGGAAUAUCAGUUCCCCAGAUGUUUAUUUCAAUGCCACAUGAUCUUUUGUGAAGAAUAGACCACAGUACAUUGGAUUUCAAUAAGUACCUAUAUUAUACAAGUCACAUAUAGAUUACUGAUGUCAUUAAAUUUGUACCAGACAGACAACAAUAAAGAAGCUUUACGUUAUGGUUGAUUGUUGCAAAUUCACAAUAUAACAGACACUGUUACCAAACAAAAUUGUCUGGAUCCUUUAAAACAAUAUUGUAUCCACACAACUCAAUGCCUUGUGCUGUCUUACCUUUGCUGUAGUGACACUCUUCACAAACUAGACUCAAAAUGAAUUUUGGGAGCAUACCAGUUAUAAAAAGUCUGGUUGCUCGCUCAAAGCGAGAACGUCGUUUGGAACUGACCACAGAUAUGAUAAGUCCUCCACUAGGAGACUUUCGCCACACUGUGCAUGUUGGUAGGAAAGGAGAAGUAUUUGGAGAUGCAUCCUUUCUGAGCAAAUUCCAAGAGAAGCAUAGUCACAAUCGAUGGAGCCACUUUACAAGAAAUUUGCGCCAAACUAGGUGGGUGUCAUCAGGACAAUCCAAUACUGGAUCUCCCAUAUGUCCACCACCUCCUAUUUCCCCAAUCAUUAAGAAUGCUGUGUCUCUGCCACUGCUCACUAACCAUGACUGGGAUGAUGAUAAGGAUGAAGACACAGAGGACGAUUGGAAGAGUGUAACACAAAGUCCGUCUGGUAAGUUUAAAGCACUUACAGAGCAGAGAUAAGAAAGGCAGUUAUGUGAAUAUGUUUGAAGAUAUUGGUGGUGGCAUAAAAGACUAGGUUAAGCAGGCCAGAUUAGAUUG